GUCCAAAGAUGUCCAAUGGAAAGGGACAACUUCGAGUCCCUUAAUUUGCAUACCGCCUCUAUAAGUACGGGCGACGGCGCCAUUGUACCUGCGUCGAUCCAGCGGUAUAGGCAGCGGCGGGCGUGCGCGAUGCCGGAACCAGCGAAGUCGGCUCCUGCCCCCAAGAAGGGCUCCAAAAAGGCGGUCACCAAGACCCAGAAGAAGGGCGACAAGAAGCGCAAGAAGAGCCGCAAGGAGAGCUACUCGAUCUACGUGUACAAGGUGCUGAAGCAGGUGCACCCCGACACGGGUAUCUCGUCCAAGGCCAUGGGUAUCAUGAACUCGUUCGUCAACGACAUCUUCGAGCGCAUCGCCGGCGAGGCGUCGCGCCUGGCGCACUACAACAAGCGCUCGACCAUCACGUCGCGGGAGAUCCAGACGGCC